GUACCUUUUUCCUGGGAGAGAAGCCGUUAUCGUUGCGGUGCGAUGAACUCUCACCCCGAGGAAGGUCUCGCGUUAGUACUUCGUGGUUACCAGGGGAACGUGAGCCUGAAAAGUUGCGCUUUUGCCCAGCGAAAUGAACACCGGAGACACCGCAGCGUUACUUUCGUAGUUAAUUCACAGGUACCUUUGUCAGCGAAGCCAAGACGUAUCACUACGCAAAAUGCCGUCGCCACAAGUUCUCCAGCCGGUUCUUAAAAUGAAGGUGGACGAGCUGUUUCUCAACUGGUUGAGUGAUCCGGCAACCCAGUCACUACUCAAAGAUUAUCUUGACCUAAUCAAAAGUGGACGAAACAUUGAUUUGAGCGCUGGGGACGCCCAGGACAAAAGGUCAUUGAGCUUCAAUGAGAACAACAAUGUGGCAUCCCAGAAGAACCUGGCAGAGAAGAAGCCUGCUGCCCUCAGUACUCCCUCCAGCCCUCCAUCUGCCAGUACCCUGCCUUCCGGCAGUAGCAGUAAUACCAGAGUGACAGGACCCAAUGGCCGAGUACUACGCAGGUCUGUCAGCACAAAAAAGGCCCAGGUGAGGACAGAGGAGCCCGUCACCACAGCGCUGAGUGAAAGCAUUCCAAAGUUUUACUUCCCACAGGGCCGGCCCCAAGCCAACCUCAACAUCGACAGCCUCAUUUCCAAAAUUGAGAAAAUAUUUUCCCAAUUCCCAAAUGAAAGGGCCACCAUUGAGGACAUGGGGCAGGUUGCCAAGGCCUGUGAGUGCCCCCUCUAUUGGAAAGUGCCAUUGUUCAACUCGGCUGGAGGCGACAGGACGGGCUUCGUGUCUGUUCACAAGUUUGUGGCUAUGUGGAGAAAAACUCUACAGACCUGUCACAAUGAUGCUUCCAAAUUUGUACACCUCUUGGCCAAGCCUGGCUGUAAUUACCUGGAACAAGACGACUUUAUUCCAUUCCUGCAGGAUGUGGUGAACUCACACGCAGGCCUGGCCUUUCUAAAGGAGGCACCGGACUUUCACUCACGAUACAUCACCACGGUGAUUCAGAGGAUAUUUUAUAAUGUGAACCGGUCGUGGACUGGAAAAAUAACAUGUUAUGAGCUCAGGAAAAGUAACUUUCUUCAGAAUGUGAUGUUGCUGGAGCAGGAAGAAGACGUGAACCAGCUGACAGAGUUCUUCUCCUAUGAACAUUUCUAUGUUAUCUACUGCAAGUUCUGGGAGCUGGACACAGACCAUGACCUCUACAUAGACCAGAAGGACCUGGCACGGCACAAUGACCAAGCCAUCUCGCAUAAGAUGAUUGAGAGAAUAUUCUCAGGAACAGUAACAAGGGACAGACUAGUGUAUAAGGAGGGCAGGCUGAGUUAUGCUGAUUUUGUCUGGUUCCUCAUCUCUGAGGAAGACAAGAAGACUGACACCAGUAUAGAGUACUGGUUCCGCUGUAUGGACCUGGAUGGGGAUGGGGUGCUCAGCAUGUACGAGCUGGAGUACUUCUACGAGGAGCAGUGUCAGAAGCUGGAGACCAUGGCUAUUGAGCCCCUUCCCUUUGAGGACUGCCUCUGCCAAAUGCUUGACCUUGUCAAGCCUGAGGUCGAAGGUAAGAUCACUCUGCGGGACCUUAAGAGGUGCAAGUUGUCCCACAUCUUCUUCGACACUUUCUUCAACAUCGAGAAAUACCUGGACCACGAGCAGAAGGACCCUUUCUCUGUUAUAAGGGAGGUGGAAACGGACGGCCAGGAGGUUUCAGACUGGGAGAAAUACGCUGCAGAGGAGUACGACAUCCUAGUGGCAGAGGAGGCCGCCAACGAUCAGUGCAAUGAUGUGUAUGAUAAUCCUUUGAGCCCCUUAGGGCAACACAUCUCCAGUGAGCUGGGUCUGACAAAGAGACACUUCUUUGAGAUCCCCAGUCCGCACUGCAACCUGGACCUGGAUGAAUACGAGUAUGAAGAUGACUUUGAAUGACCCUCGAUCCUGCAGCGUUUAUCUUACAGCCUGCUGAGCACCAUGUGCUUCCACAAAUGGAUCUCAAACAGCAGUGUUAGUGGCCACUAGCGUGUUAGUUCACAUCAGGCCAGAGAUUUGUAGGUUCAGGCCCAUUUCCCAUCCUGCGUGUAAGGACACACUUUACCAAAUAGAGAGCAGAUGCAAAACAAGAAGACACAGUCGCACCACUGGCGGGGUCAGACGUGCUGGAGAAAUGGACACGUUGUCACAUGUCUGACUAAGAGGAAAUGUGAAGGGAGAACCACCACAGUUGACUUCAUGUGUCACAAGCAGCACGUUUUAAACCUUUGUGUCCCCCCUCACAUGAUAAAACAGGAAAAGUUGUGUUCUGCAUGUGAUGCUUUGUACGAAUAAUGUUUUGAGCGAGUGUUGUUUUUUCUGAACACCAGUAUUGUAUUAUCAUAUUCACAUGAGCUAAGUCACAUUCUUUACGCACUGGAGCUCACUGAAUUGUUGAGCAGAAACCAUGUUGAUUUGAUUCAGGUUUUGAACUAAUUAUCAUCUGAAGUCAUUGGCUAAUUUUACAUUCCAGUGAUCAUGACUGAAUGUUUUCUAUAAGGCUGUAAAAUCAUUAAUGGUUUGUUUGCUGAAAUGAGAAGUCACUCUACAUGCUAAACAAGCCACAGUGGAGCCUGCUGUACACACACAAGCACACAGUUUAGACGGCCACACAAUUUUGUACAGGUCUGUAUUCAUUAUGACAUGGAUUUACUGUAUGCGUGAGAUGGGGUUAUAAAUUAUUAGAGAUGAAUUUAUAAAUAACUGUAAAUAUUUAUUUGGUGCGUGCUGUGUUGUAAAUGAUUUGGGCAAGUGUUUUAGACAAAUUCUUUUUUCUAUGUUAUAAAGUACAUAAUUUGAAUGUACUUUGACAGAACAAAAGGAACCAAUUUUAAAAUGUCUUGCUUUUCUUUAAAUUAAUAAUAAAGCCUUGGUUAAUGGAAGAGUAAAGAAAACGGACUCUACAGUUUAAUUUGAUUCAUCUAGUAAAAACUGGUUUGGAUAUGUUCACUGUUAG